AUGCUGUUCCUACUGCUGCUGUGGAUUUGGCUCCUGACGCCUCCCUUCUCGGUGUUCGGGAACCAGUGCUCCUUGCUCAGGGACUUUUCUCGGGGCUACUACAAAGACGGAGACUUGGUGAUUGGAGGGCUCUUCUCUCUGAAUAUAUUUUCAGGUAUUCCACCAAGCUUUUCCAGCUAUCCUUCUUGGUUCAAUACAAAAUUUGUCCGCGCUGACAAACACUACCAACACGUCCUGGCCCUGGUGUUUGCCGUGGAGCAGAUCAACAAAGACCCCAGCCUCCUGCCCAACAUCUCCCUGGGAUUCCACAUCUCUGAUAAUUUAUUCCGGGAGAGGCUGGCCGUGGAGCAGUCUCUAAUCCUGCUUUCGGGCGCGGGCCGGACAGUUCCCAAUUACAACUGCGAAGCGCGGCGCAAGCUGGUGGCCGUUAUCGGUGGGGUCAAAGCCUCCUUGUCCCUGGCCAUGACCAAUAUCCUCGGAUUCCACAGGAUCCCCCAGAUCACUUACGGCCCCUUUGACGCCGACCUGAGGGAUUCGGGGCAGUUCCCCUCCCUCUACCAGAUGGCCCCCAGGGACAGCGCUCAGCAGCGGGGAAUAGUCCGACUGUUGGUGCAUUUUGGUUGGACCUGGGUCAGCCUAGUGGUCUCCGAUAAUGUUCAAGGUGAAAGGUUCGCCCGGACCCUGAGGGGAGAGAUGGCCACACACGGUGUCUGUGUGGCCUUAACAGAACAGAUUCCUGAAACUAAAUACUACGGAACAAUGGAAAUAAGACGUUUGUAUACUAAAAUGGAUGCUAAUUUUGUCAACGUGGCCAUUAUCUAUGGAGACAUAGACUCACUCCUCUUGUUUAAAUGGACUCUCAGUAUGGUUGAUGAAUCUGGGAAGAUUUGGAUCAUCACAGCUCACUGGGACGUCUCCGUCAGGAUUGAUUAUGAACGGAAAGAUGAUGCCUUCUGCGGCUCCUUGUCAUUUUCCACCCACACCAGUGAGAUUCCUAAAUUCCAAGAUUUUCUCCAGACAGUUAACCCUUUGAAAUACCCCGAUGACAUUUAUCUCAAGAAUUUCUGGGAGGCUUAUUUACAGUGUCAAUUUCCUGUUGGAAGCUUUGUACAGGAAAGGGUGAAUGUCUGCCAAAUAAAUGAGAGCCAUAAAGGUAUUCCUGAAAUAUUUACGGAUUUGCAGCUGUCAGGCGUGAGUUACACCGUGUACGGUGCUGUGUACGCAGUGGCCCGCGUGCUCCACGCAAUGCUCUUAUUGAGGUCAGAAAUGGAAAUGGCCGAGACAGGAGACACCGUGAGACUUCUGUCAUGGCAGCUCCACUCCUUCCUGAGUCGGCACUGGUUCAACACCAGCACUGGGGACGAGCGGCAUUUUGGCGGAAACAACCAGGCUGUCCUGAGCUUUGACAUUCUGAACUUUCGCAGAACUGGAUACUAUAUCUGCGAGAAGAUUAAGGUGGGAGAAUUUAACGCCCGGGCUCCUUUGGGGAGCGACUUCACCAUUAAUGAAAAGGCUAUCGAGUGGAAUGAGAGAUUCGAAGAGACCCCCCGCUCUGUGUGCAGCCAAAGCUGCCUCCCUGGAUACAGAAAAGCAACUAGGGAGAGCACGGCGGUCUGCUGCUACGAUUGUGCCCCAUGCCCAGAGGGCGAGAUCUCCAACCGGACAGAUGCAGCUGAGUGUGUGAAGUGCCCUGAAGAUGAGUAUCCAAAUCCACAGAAAGACCGCUGCCUUCCUAAAGUCAUCACUUUCCUCUCCUAUGACGAGCCCCUGGGGUUUGUGCUGGCUUGUUCGGCUCUUUGCUUCUUCUUGAUCUCAGCCUUGACCCUGGGGAUCUUUAUUAAGCACCGGGAAACACCCAUCGUCAGAGCCAAUAACCGUGGUCUUAGCUACAUCCUCCUCGUCUCCCUCAUGCUCUCCUUCCUCUGCUCCCUCGUCUUCAUCGGUCGUCCGAGCACAGCGUCCUGCCUGCUGCGACAGACUGCCUUUGGCAUCAUAUUCUCCGUGGCCGUGGCUUCGGUGCUGGCCAAGACCAUCACAGUGGUCCUGGCCUUCCGGGCCACAAAGCCGGGGAGCAGGUCCCGGGGAUGGAUGGGCCCCCGAAUGUCUAACUGUGUUGUCCUCGCCUGCGCCCUGAUCCAAGUGACCAUCUGUGGGAUCUGGCUGGGGACCGUUCCCCCUUUCCCUGACUCCAACGCACAGGCUGAAUUUGGCCACAUCGUUCUUGAGUGCAACGAGGGUUCCGUCACCGCCUUCUACUGCGUCCUGGGCUACCUGGGCUUCCUGGCCCUGGUCAGCUUCACGGUGGCCUUUCUGGCCCGGAAUCUUCCCGACACGUUCAACGAGGCCAAGUUCAUCACGUUCAGCAUGCUGGUGUUCUGCAGCGUCUGGAUCUCCUUCCUGCCCACCUACCUGAGCACCAAAGGCAAGGCCAUGGUGGCCGUGGAGAUCUUCUCCAUCUUGGCCUCCAGCACUGGACUCCUGGGCUGUAUCUUCGGGCCCAAGGUCUAUGUGAUCUUGCUGAGGCCGGACAGGAACACCCGAGAACAGUUAUUGAGGAAACCCAAUGCCAGCACCAAAUGUUCCUGACAGUUGUCCCAGAGACCAGGAUGCAGUGAGCCCGCUUGCUUCACUCUUCGGAUAAAAUUCAAAAUUGACUCCACAGCAGUAAGGAAACAGACUCAACUCAUUUACCUGCCACCAAAAUUUAGUCAGGACUCACGCUCUGUAAAUCUGUUCCCCAUCCUGGCAAAUAGGCAGUUGCAACUGUCACCUCAUCACCACUUUAAAAUCCAUUUCGCCUCUCCCCUAUCUAUUCAUUAUCAGGUUAAUGAUUUCUUCCGACCAGUGAAUCCUCAAGAUUCCUCUGGGGUUAAAAGUUGCAUCCUUGCAGGUGGUAAGAUGAGGUGAUUAGCAUGUAUUUGUGUUCAUCUCUGUCCACGUGGGGUAAAGUGAGAAGGGAGAGGAGGCUGAGGCGGCGCGGGUUCGAAAGGAAUUCCUGGGACAUGCUUUGCUCUUAUGCUGCCUCAAUUCCCCCAAUUUACAGGGCAACGCCCCCUGUAUAGCUACACAUGUAGUCACGGGGUUUUACGGCGACCGUUUCGAAAAUACCAUCAUUUAAACGCCCCAUGAUGUCCCAUGGAAGAGCGAUUUGGAGGUCGGCCCAGGCCACUGUAAAUGCCCGGGUCUGCAGUCGUAAGGACCCGACAGGAAGCUCCUGUCUGCCCUCCGGCAUUAGAAAAACAUCAGAAUCACAAAGAAAAGAAAGAAAAUUAGCAAGUAGAUAAAUGAGAACCCGUGAGAUCCCUGGGCAAAGUUGCUCGGUGAAAACAGCACCAGCACCUGCCCCAGACCCUCUGUUUCUUGGAGAAGAGAAGCAAUUCUUUGUUCAUCCCUGUCGGCGCAACACAUCUCACAGACAUUAUAACCCCAAACAGGAAGAAUCACUCGCAAAGUUUGGAUUCAUCCAAAAAGGAAGUCCGCCACCGUUUUUUUUAGAUUUCCCUCAAAGGCAUACAGAGCUGAGAGUCCCGCAAUCACCGGGUCGCCGUCCCCGUCGUUACCCCGAGAGUAGUCCCUGUU